AUGGAUAAAUUGAGCGUAGACUCUCCGUUUUUGAACUCACUUAAACUUUUCAACCUGUCAGAUAUGAAUGAUUCGUUUUUGAACGUGGACUUCAAUAUGUCAGAAGUUAUUGUGCCUUUCACCAACAGCUCUUCGCGUGCCUUGAGCCUCAACUAUCGCUCUCUCAUCACUUCAGCCACAAUGUUCGGCGUCGGAGUCCUCGGAAACCUCGUAGCGAUCGUGGUGCUUUGCAUCUCCAAGAAGGAGCAGAAAGAGACCACCUUCUACACCCUGGUGUGCGGAAUGGCCAUCACGGACUUGCUCGGCACCUGUUUCACCAGUCCAGUGGUCAUCGCCACAUACAUUGCGGGCAGGUGGCUGGGUGGAGAGCUUUUAUGCCAUUUCUUCUCCUUCUCCAUGCUCUUCUUCGGCUCAGCUGGGAUGUCUAUUCUGUGCGCCAUGUCAGUAGAGCGAUAUCUGGCCAUAAACCACGCAUACUUUUACUCUCAACAUGUGGACAGGACCAUGGCACGGUUUGCGUUGAUGGUUACUUAUCUGGCGAAUAUCGUGCUGUGCAUGAUGCCUAGUUUUGGUUUUGGAAAGCAUAAGAGACACUUUCCGGGAACUUGGUGCUUCUUAGACUGGCGCGCCAUGGACUCAGUUGGUGCCUCGUAUACAUUUCUAUACGGAGGGUUUAUGUUGGUUUUGAUCGCCGUUACGGUGCUGUGUAAUUUCGCCGUGUGUCGUUCGCUGGUUGGGAUGAGUAAGAUGACUCGCAUGGUCAGGACAGAAGUCUCCGGACACACAGGGUCCAGACGCAGGUUCCCGACUUUAACAACCGUCACAUCUGCGGCAGAGAUUCAGAUGUUCUGGCUGUUAAUAUUUAUGACUAUCGUGUUCCUGAUAUGCUCCAUCCCUUUAGUGGUGCGUAUCUUUGUAAACCAGCUAUAUGGUCCUGCAUACAUAUCAUCAGGUGGAAAUCCAGAUUACCGCAGUGAUCUCUUGGCCAUCCGAUUCGCCUCCUUCAACCCCAUCUUGGAUCCAUGGGUUUAUAUUUUGUGUAGGAAAAACCUAUUGAUUAAGGGAUGUGCGCAACUCAAACGCACGAUUGGUCUGAGGAACGGGGAUCAUAGUCGUGUUUUUGGUUGGAUGGAUAGUCGGCACUCACCUCCAUCAUUUGCGCACAGUAAUUACACAAGUUACGCGUCGUUGCACACAGCCACCUGUAGAAACGAGGCUGUGAAACAAACCUGCAGGAUCAAUAAAUCCUAUGUGGGCUUGACACUUCGUCAGGCAUGGGACUUUGAUACAGCCCUGGCUAACUUUCAUCCUUUCAGCAUCGAGCAGAACAGUAUCAUGGGUUUUGAUGAAGAUGGAACAUCAGACUCCAAACUGGACCUCGCCAGAACAGUUGGAUGCAAGGGGCUACCAGCUGCUACAAUAUUAGAGAAUAAAGCUGAAAUAGUGACCUGCACCUUUAGUACACCAAGCUCAUGUGUAUCAGAAAAGGACAUGAGACAGUGA